GAGAGCCUUCUUAUUUUCUUCACCUCUUCAGUUUGUGUCAAACUUUGGCCUAAGCCCUUGACUCUCCUCGAAAUGCUCCUAGCUACUGCACUGCUGAGCACUAGCACUGAUGAGUCGACGCGACGACGUCAAUAAUUAUUAUUUUCAUCUGUGACCAGAGCUUGCAGAGUUGAAUGAUUCUUGCAAAUAUUUUCCUCCACAUAUUUCGGUGCAGCAGUCGCUACCUAGUACCUGGUGUUAGAACGCUACGUCUUCGGCAGUGAGCGAUUUCGAAUGGUGAUAAUUUCCUGUAUCGUGAGAUGGUGGAGAGUGCCCGUGGCCCGGGAUACUCCGCGAGUUGCUGUUCGUUGUGCUGACUCGGCAACUCUAGAAAGAAAGCACAUAUUUAUUCGAGAAUUCCCGUGUUCUGUGUAGCGCUUUCAUUGGCCUGCCGUGUGGUAGGUAGCUCUCGAGUAGUGCGUUCAGCUCCCUAUCAGGGAAUUAGCGCGUUCAGCAUGGAGCGGAGGUAGCAGACGCAUCGUGCAGUACUAUGUGAACGUAGCUCUGGAAGGAAUACUCAGGUAUUGGUCAGCACCAGGACCUGAUGCUGAUGCAAGACCAAUCUGGAGUGCAACCUGCAAUACUUGACUGCUUGUGGAGAAUCAGGUGGAACUGAGUACGCUGGUAGUACGCUGGUACACCAGGCUGCAGUGGACUGCUGCCACACGGUCACGGCCGGUGUGGGCCGGUGUUGUAUAUCUUGUGCAACUUCUGUCCUGAACAAAAAACUAGCGGUUUAACGACGGCAGCUCUGAGUGGCAGCAAUACUGAGGACUCACUGCUGGUAUGGCUUUAGUGGAAACCAAGACGUUGCCAAAUCGUCUUGUUGACUAUGUGCUUGUAGUGGGAUCUGCUGACGUUCCUCCAAACAAGGAUGGUGGCGUCAACACUCCCAAGCUACUGCGGCGUAUUCCGGAGGCAGACAUACACAACUCGCCACUUCCGCCAGAUGUCGUGUUUUUCUGUCAGCCCGAUGGCUGUUACACGGCGGAGAUGACGCAUACGGAAAUGCUGGAGCAGCAGAAACUCUUCCUCUUCUGUUUGACGGAGAAGGAUUCGAAUGUGAAGCGGUUUGGUACUUGUUUGAAUUUUUUCCGACCGUGCAAUGAACCGGAUAUGCCAGACUUAUCACCAGUAGAUGACCAGGCUGAUCAGGGUGCUGAUACGGCUGAGAGAAUUCAUCAAGAAAGACUAUCACCGUUGCACGAAGAAGACACUAGCGCUGCGGUACAGCUGGAUGAAGCUGAGUCUUCUUCUGCUGCUGCUGCUGGUGUGCAUGAGGCGUUUGCACAUGGCAGUAGUGUUUCGUCUGAUGGUGGCGUGUCAUCAAGAGCUGACGACAAUGAGAAAUGCCUGGGAGUAUUGACGUCAGUGUGUCUCCUAAGUCACCAUGGAUUCUUCUCUACGUUCAAGGAGAUUUUGAUGACAUUCCGUGAUCUAGUGGAAGGCUGUCAAGUGCAUGGCGAGACUGUGUUUGACAUGGAGAGUGGCUGGCGCCGUUUGAUUGAUCCAUCUCUGGUGGAAACUGAUCAAGUGGCUGCUGAUCUGAUCAACUGGAUCCAUGGUUUGUUGAAUGCGCCCACACCACAGCCAGGCUUUACAUGCGUGGAGAUAGAGCUGGCCAUAAUGCCCACUCUAACACUGGCCUACCCUGAUCCCAGUCGGUUUCCUCUUGUAGACUUCCCGCUACAUCUGCCUGUUGAUCUUCUUGGUCCUGAUCGUCUCAUUGAAGUCUUGGUUAUUGUCAUGUUGGAAAAUAAGGUUGUGUUUCAAUCACGUGACUACAACCUGCUAUCAAUGUGCGUGAUGGCCAUCAUCUCACUGCUAUUCCCUUUGGAGUACCUGUUCCCCAUCAUACCUCUGCUGCCGACGUCCAUGCCCAAUGCUGAGACAUUGCUCUUAGCUCCUUCGCCGUAUGUCAUUGGUGUACCAGCUAGCUUCUUUCAUCCAGCACGCGGUGUUUGCUUACCUGAAGACGUGUAUCACAUCGACCUAGAUUCCGGACAGAUUGACAGACCGGAUAGUCUGCCAGCAAUUCCAUUGCCACCAGAGAAACUGCUUCGUACGUUGAGGAACCGGCUGGAAAGGUGUCUGGAAGUGAUCCACACCAUGCGAUUUCCCUCAUCACCCCUACCUUCCACCAAGGAAUCUAGAGGACACAACUCCUCCAAGCCAUACACAUCAUCGUCAGCUGAUCCAUCGUCGAAUAUUGAUGAGACCGGAUUGUCGAUUCAUGGCGACGUUGCUGCUGGUGCUGCUGCUGAUAGUUGCGCGUCACCUGCUGGCAAGAAGCCCAUCAUACAAGGCCCUAAGAAGUUAUCAGGAACACAGGUGGACAGCAAUACGCAUCCACUUGUUGAUUCUCUAGCGUCGUCACCCUGGUCUAUGACUGGGUCCAGUAGGUCACGUAUUGCAACAGGGAUUGCAGCAAGGACUUCUGCUAAUGAUAUGGGUACCGUGGUGGUGGUGGUAGUGCUGAUCAAGCCGACAAAACAACCUCUCUGUUCCCUAGCUGCUGAUAUUGUGGCGGUGGACGUGAACAUUAGAGUUGCCUUUGUGCAGUUCAUUCUCAAUGAUGAUGUCCUGGCCAACUACCGGCGAUUCCUGCGAACAAUCCGUCUGCACUCCCGUCCAGUUGUUAUGUUACAGAAGAAUGGAUUCUUGGCUUCGGUCAGGAGUGGUGCAUCUUCUUUCUUGUCAUCUCUAGCAUCCACACAGGCGUUGGAGACAUUUGGAGAGUUUGAGUUGAACCCAUCCACCACUGUUCAUUGGAGAGUCCAGCAAGGUAUAACACGUGCAGUGUUGAUUGGUGAUAAGCAUAAGUGGUACAAAGACAAGCUCUCUGUGCAGCACUACAGUGUGUAUGAAGGCUGUGAAUCGCUCAGUGCGGCCAUGUUACAAGCUAAGUCGGCAACAGCGGAGUCUGAUGAUGACAAUAGUGAUCAAGAAGACAUCUUCGAUUCUGAUAGCAG